UUCAGACAGUUUCACAUUUUCACACACGAACUUCGUGAGCCUAGAGCACGGUAGAAAAUAAAGAAGACGAAGAAGAAGAAGAGCAAGCUUGCAAUUGCAAUUCAACCAUGGCGAAUCGCCCUAAGCUCACCCGAAUACCGAGCAUGAGGGAUCGCGUGGAGGACACUCUCUCCGCUCACCGCAACGAAAUCGUGGCGCUCCUUUCCAGGUAUGUGGCUCAAGGAAAAGGGAUACUGCAACCGCAUGACCUGCUCGACGAGCUUGAGAAGCUGAUCACUGAUGACGAAGCGAGGCUGGCGCUCAGCGAAGGUCCUUUUGGUGAAGUCCUCAAGUCAGCACAGGAAGCCAUUAUUCACCCUCCAUUUGUGGCUCUAGCAGUUCGUCCAAGACCAGGUGUAUGGGAAUUUGUUCGUGUUAACGUAAAUGAGCUCAGUGUGGAACAAUUGAGUGUUUCUGAAUAUCUUAGCUUUAAAGAAGAACUUGUAGAUGGGAGGUCCAAUGACAGAUAUGUUCUUGAGCUCGAUUUUGAGCCAUUCAACGCUAAUUUUCCUCGUCCAACCCGGUCAUCAUCCAUUGGGAAUGGUGUUCAAUUCCUCAACCGCCACCUUUCUUCAAUUAUGUUCCGUAACAAAGAAUCUUUGGAGCCAUUAGUGGAUUUCCUUAGAGCACAUACAUAUAAAGGGCAUGCGCUGAUGUUGAAUGAUCGGAUACAGAGCAUACCCAAGCUUCAGUCAGCUUUGGUUAAGGCUGAGGAUAAACUUUCCAAACUUCCAACUGAGACACCCUAUUCUGAGUUUGAAUAUGUAUUACAAGGAUUGGGUUUUGAGCGAGGUUGGGGAGACACUGCAGAACAUGUAUUGGAGAUGAUGCAUCUUCUCCUAGAUACCCUACAGGCUCCUGAUCCUUCUACCUUGGAGACAUUUCUUGGGAGAGUACCUAUGGUCUUUAAUGUUGUCAUUUUAUCUCCUCAUGGAUACUUUGGGCAAGCAAAUGUCUUAGGCUUACCUGACACUGGUGGACAGGUUGUCUAUAUACUGGACCAAGUGCGUGCCCUCGAGAAUGAAAUGAUUCGUAGAAUUAAGAGGCAAGGAUUAAACUUCACUCCAAGAAUCCUUAUUGUCACCAGGCUAAUUCCUGAUGCCAAAGGAACUACAUGCAACCAGCGGCUAGAAAGAGUCACUGGAACAGAGCAUAGCCAUAUUUUGCGAGUUCCUUUUAGAUCAGAGAAUGGAAUUCUUCGUAAAUGGAUCUCAAGGUUUGAUGUAUGGCCUUAUUUGGAGACCUUUGCUGAGGAUGUUGCAGGUGAAAUUACUGCCGAGUUACAGGGACAUCCAGAUUUUAUUAUUGGAAAUUACAGUGAUGGAAAUCUCGUCGCCUCGUUGUUGGCUUAUAAAAUGGGAGUUACCCAGUGCACCAUUGCGCAUGCUUUGGAGAAAACAAAAUAUCCGGAUUCAGAUAUCUACUGGAAAAAAUACGAUGAGAAAUAUCACUUCUCCUGUCAAUUCACUGCUGACCUUAUAGCCAUGAACAAUGCAGAUUUUAUAAUCACCAGCACAUACCAAGAGAUUGCGGGAACGAAGAAUACUGUUGGACAAUAUGAGAGUCACAGCUCUUUCACUCUUCCGGGGCUGUACCGUGUUGUUCAUGGCAUUAAUGUUUUUGAUCCAAAGUUCAAUAUAGUGUCUCCUGGAGCGGAUAUGAGCAUUUAUUUCCCUUACUUUGAUAAGGAAAAGAGACUUACAUCCCUCCAUGGUUCCAUUGAGAAGUUGCUUUUUGAUCCUGAGCAGAAUGAUGAGCACAUUGGUCUUCUGAAUGAUCCAUCAAAGCCCAUCUUAUUUUCCAUGGCAAGGCUGGACCACGUGAAAAACCUGACUGGGUUGGUUGAGUCCUAUGCUAAGAAUGCCAAACUAAGGGAACUGGUAAACCUUGUUUUGGUUGCUGGUUAUAAUGAUGUGAAGAAGUCAAACGAUAGAGAAGAGAUUGUAGAGAUUGAAAAGUUGCAUGCUCUCAUUAAGGAGUACAACUUGAAUGGUCAGUUUCGAUGGUUAUCUUCCCAAACUAAUCGAGCACGUAAUGGUGAGCUAUAUCGUUAUGUUGCAGAUAAUGGAGGUGCUUUUGUUCAGCCUGCACUUUAUGAAGCCUUUGGACUCACAGUUGUGGAGGCCAUGACUUGUGGCCUUCCAACAUUUGCCACAAUCCAUGGUGGUCCUGCAGAAAUUAUCGAGCAUGGCAUAUCUGGAUUUCAUAUCGACCCUUAUCACUCCGAACAGAUGGCUGCUCUUAUGGCCGAUUUCUUUCAACGUAGCAAGGAUGAUCCUAGCCACUGGAAGAGAAUAUCAGAUGGAGGCCUGAAAAGAAUUUAUGAAAGGUACACAUGGAACAUUUAUUCUGAAAGGCUAAUGACACUGACCGGUGUUUACGGUUUCUGGAAGUAUGUCUCAAAGCUUGAAAGGCUUGAGACCAGGCGAUAUCUCGAGAUGUUCUACAUUCUGCAGUUCCGUGAUUUGGUUAAAACUGUUCCUCGUGCAGUAGAUGAUCCACAUUAAGGCAUUAAGCUACAAUGCUAGACUUUUGGGACCUCCAGUAACUUGGUGACUUCCACAAGGUACUUGUACAAAUGAAAUAAAGUUACUCCUGUGUGUACGAUGCAAAACUUCAUCCAUGCUCUUCUGAAGCGUUUUUGACAUUACACGUUCCAGUAAAUUUGUAAUGAAACUCUUCAUAUAUGCCAAAGAAAAAACUGUUCUACAA